GAUCCAGAAGAAAUACUUCAAAGUUUAGAAAGAGGAAACUUUAAGUGCGCAGAUUGGCUAGACAAAGGAAAAUAUCGACCUUCUUAUAAUGUAGCGCCAAAUUCUUAUCAACCCGUGAUUCGUAUCGAACAAGGAUCGAAGCAAACGGUUAUUCAUACCAUGAGAUGGGGAUUAGUUCCUUUCUGGUCAAAGUCAGUUUCUAAUACAAUGAAAACCGCAAAUUGUCGUGACGAUUCUUUAACGGGUGGAAAGCCCAUGUUUAAUUCCAUGAAAAAUUCUAAACGAUGUAUCGUUAUCGCGCAAGGGUUUUUUGAAUGGCUUCACAAAGGAAAACAAAAAAUCCCUCACUUUGUUAAAAGAAAGGAUGGUGAAUUACUAUUUUUUGCAGGACUCUACGAUUCUGUCAGAAUAGAAGGUCAAGAGGAUCCACUUUAUACAUACACUAUUAUCACCACAACUCCCUCCAACUUUAUCUCUCUUUUGCACAAUCGUAUGCCCGUGAUUUUCGAGAGAGGGUCAGAUGCCGUUGCAAGAUGGCUGAAUCCUGAUAUGAAGUGGAACCCAGAAUUGGCAUCAUUAUUAAAACCUUAUGAGGGAGAAUUAACAUGUUAUAGAGUGCCUCAAGAAGUUGGUAAGGUUGGAAAUGAUUCCCCAAGCUUCAUUGUUCCCAUUUCGACAAAUGAUCCAUCCAUCUCAACGCGGGAAACAGAAAAAAUAAAGAAAGAAGAUAAAGGAAACACGCUUAUAUCGAAAUUUUUACAAGCAAACAUAAAAGAGGAACAAGAUGAGGAAAAGUCUAUGUCGGAAUUUUUGCGAUAUAAUGUAAAGGAUGAACAAGAUGACAAAAAAUUGGUUAAGUCUGAGAUUGAUUCGAUGAUUCCCAUGAAACGUUCACGAGAGGAUACGGAUAACGAAUGUAAACCGUCAUUACAAAAACUUGAAGAUCUCGUGAAAGAAGAAAAAUUAUCUUCAGAUGAGACAAUUCCUAAAAAAAAGAUGCGACAAGAAAAAGAACUUCGCUCAUCUCCAAAAAAGUCGUCAAAACCUAAAAGGGAAUCAUCGGUUGUGACCAAAGCGAAACCUCGCCCAAAAAGUAAAUCCUUGAGAUCUCCAACAAAGAAAGAAUCGACUUCUGAUACCCCUGCAAAGAGUACGACACAGGCAAAGAAGAAAAAAGGUAAAGACAAAGCGGUAGGAUCCGCUAAAAUUACUAGUUUUUUCGGAAAAUCCGAAAAAUAG